CAAAAACGGACGCAACUAACUGGUGGACACUAUAUCGUGGUCUUUCCGGGUCCUUAUACGUUUUGCCACUACUGCAGACUCUGGGCCCGAGGGAGAGCCUGGAAGGACCCUCUAAUCGAGAGCAGAAAUGCAUAAAGGCAGCUGGAAAAGUAGAAGACGUGGGAGAAGGAACCAGCGGCAGAACUCUUGGUUCAGACAGCACGGUUCUAAUGAGAGGUGUAACACGGGGGCACAGCAGAGCUCACAGGAUUCGGGCCACAGCAGCCAGGAGGCCCCAUCGACGUCAUCCAGCACAGCUGGGAGUUCUGUGCCAGAUCUACCAGGGUAUUACUUUGACCCUGAAAAGAAUCGCUAUUUCCGCUUGCUCCCUGGACAUAACGACUGCAACCCCCUCACGAAGGAGGGCAUCCAGCAGAAGGAAAUGGAGCUCAAAAGACUGCAGCUGCUAGAGGAAGAGGACAAGCAGAAAAAGAAAAUAGCCAGGAUGGGAUUUAAUGCCUCUUCCUUGCUACAAAAAAGCAAGCUGGGUUUUCUCAACAACACCAGUUAUUGCCGUUUAGCCCAUGAGCUUCGAGUGAGCUGCAUGCAGAGGAAAAAGGUCCAAAUUCACAGCUCGGAUCCCUCCGCUUUGGCAAACGACCGAUUUAACCUCAUACUGGCGGAUACCAACAGUGACCGGCUCUUCACAGUGAAUGACGUCAGAGUCGGAGGUUCCAAGUAUGGCAUCAUCAGCCUGCGCGGUCUGACGCUCCCCACACUCAGGGUGCAUAUGCACGAAAACCUCUACUUCACCAACCGGAAGGUGAACUCUGUAUGCUGGGCCUCGCUGAAUCACUUGGAUUCUCACGUUCUACUGUGCCUCCUGGGAAUCGCAGAGACUCCAGGCUGCGCCACCCUGCUCCCGGCGUCACUGUUCGUCAAUAGUCAUCCAGGAGACCGACCUGGCAUGCUCUGCAGCUUCCGGAUCCCUGGGGCCUGGUCCUGUGCAUGGUCCUUGAACGUCCAGGCAAAUAACUCCUUCAGUACAGGCUUGUCUCGGUGGGUCCUGGUGACCAACGUGGUGACAGGACACCGGCUGUCAUUUGGGACCAGCAGUGAUGUCUUGGCCCAGCAGUUUGCUGUCAUGGCUCCUUUGCUGUUUAAUGGCUGUCGGUCCGGGGAGAUCUUUGCCAUUGAUCUGCGUUGUCGGAAUCAGGGCAAGGGCUGGAAGGCCACCCGCCUGUUCCAUGACUCGGCAGUGACGUCUGUGCAAAUCCUCCGAGAAGAGCAAUGCCUGAUGGCAUCUGACAUGGCUGGAACGAUCAAGCUGUGGGACCUGAGGACCGCUAAGUGUAUAAGGCAGUACGAAGGUCACGUGAACGAGUACGCGCACCUGCCCUUGCACGUGCACGAGGAAGAAGGAAUCGUGGUGGCAGUGGGCCAGGACUGCUACACAAGAAUUUGGAGCCUCCACGAUGCCCGCCUGCUUAGAACCAUACCCUCCCCACACCCCACCUCCAGGACCAGCAUCCCCAGUGUCGCCUUCUCCUCUCGCCUCGGAGGUUCCCAGGGAGCAUCCGGGCUGCUCAUGGCCGUCCAGCAGGACCUUUACUGCUUCUCCUACAGCUAAUUCUGCAGGAUGCAUCCUGGAGAGGUGGAUUUGACUUAAGGGAGUAAAGAGUAGCCCUAGUUCUGCCAUAAUUGCUGUUUCCAGUGAGGGCUUUUUAAAUGGAUGCUCUGUGUACAGAUCCCAUCCACCCAGCUGCUGGGGACAAGGUGCUAUGUUUUAUGUGGAGACACUUUAGUAAAGUUAUUUCAGUGAAGUUGUGGGCUCAGAGAGCUUAAAAGUCCUUUUCAGGGCAGCCGGAUGGCUCCACUGGUUAGAGUGUGAGCUCUAAGCAACAGGGUUGCGAGUUUGAUUCCCACAUGCGCCAGUGAGCUGCACCCUCCACAACUAGAUUGAAGACAACGAGCUGCUG